CGAUCCCUCUCUCUCAAAAUCGCUGCUCUCAAUCCCUCUCUCACCCGCCGGCCGCCGCUCUCAAUCCCUCUCUCACUGCUCUCAAUCUCUCUCCCUCGCCUCGUCGUUCAAUUUCCGCCGUAGCCGCACCACUGCUCACCGCGCCGCACCGUUCUCACUCUUUCUCCUCGUCUCGUCACAAAGGUUUUGAGAGAUGAGGAAGUUUUUUGUUCCUAGAGCAAUUGAGAAUGUGAAUAUUGUACAAUAGGAAGCCGAACCAGAAGAACCACCACCUAAUGUGGCCAAUGAGGUCAAUGAGUUUAAUUCAAAUGAGAUUGUGCGUGAUCCGGGUCUUAGGAAAUAAAUUCAUGAGUAUGCUCCGGAUAUUCAAGAUCAAGUGAGGAGGGCAUAUAUAUUGAAGGGUCCAACGCAACCAAUUUUGAAAAAUUAUCCUCAAACUCAAUUUGGAAGAGAAAAAUCAAAAAGAGCAUUUUGUAAAACAUGGUAUGAGAAAAAAUGGAGUAUUUUAAAUUUGAUUUCAUUUUGAAGUUAAUGUUAAAGUUGUUUGGUAUCACAAAUGAGCUUUCAAAAAUCUUGCAAAAAAAAUAUCUUAAUAUUGUGCUUGCCAUGAAAUUAGUUGAUGAUGUCAAAGCUCGGUUGACCACAUUGAGAGGGAGUGGUUGUGAUGAUUUAUUUGUUGAUGUCCAAAAUUUUUGUAUUGCUAAAGGUAUUCCGGUGCCAAGUAUGGAUGCAAAAAUACCGGUUCGGGGUCGUUCAAGGCUAGAUGGGAUGACUGUCACUAUUCUUCAUCAUUACCGUGCUGAGAUUUUUUAUGUUGCUAUUGACAAAAUAUGUGUGGAGAUGGAUCACCGCUUUAGUGAAGGAAGUAACAUUGUGCUUAAUUGUUUCUCAUGUCUUGACCCCAAGAAUUCUUUCUCCAAGUUUGAUGUUGAUAAGCUUGCUCGUGUUGCUGAUAUUUAUCAUGCAGACUUUUCUGAUGUAGACUGUGGAACAAUAAGGGAGCAACUUGAGACUUAUGUAGUUCAUGUGAAAAGACAUGUUUCAUUUUCUACUUGUGUAGAUGUUCAAAGUUUGGCUAUGAAGAUGGCUCAAACUGAUAAACAUUUUGUAUUUCCAUUGGUCUACAAACUUAUUGAGUUGACUUUGAUAUUAUCGGUGUCGACAGCAUCCGUUGAAAGAGCUUUUUCCGCAAUUAAGAUUAUUAAGACUAAAUUGCGCAACAAGAUCAACAAUGAGUGGUUUAAUGACUUGAUGAUAUGUUACACCGAGCGGGAGAUAUUCAAGUCACUUGAUGACGUUGAUAUUAUAAGAACUUUCACCGCAAAGAGGUCUCGGAGAGGGAAUUUGCCUCCUAGUUUUAUGUAGUGGCUAUUGGUAUGUUA